UCAACACACAAUUGACUUCGACACCAAACAUCUUUACGUUGGCACACUUCCCCACUCACACUUAAAACAAAACACCAACGGUGACUUCAACACAUCAUGAAACCGCCAGUCACCGCCACAUUCUCCACCCCACCGGAAGAAGACCCCACACGAACCACCGCCACACAGUUGACCGUAACCGGACCAGCUCUCCGCAAAAAAGCCGCCGGAAUCCGACCAUGGCUCCUCUUAGAUUCCACCGGUCAGGCGCAGAUUAUCGAGGCCGGUAAACACGCUACUAUGCGCCGCACUGGUCUUCCGGCGCGUGAUCUCCGCAUCCUUGACCCGAUUCUAUCGUACCCGUCUACCGUUCUUGGUAGAGAACGCGCCAUUGUGAUUAAUUUGGAGCAUAUUAAGGCUAUUAUUACUGCACAAGAGGUUUUGUUGUUGAAUUCGAAAGAUCCGUCUGUUACUCCGUUUGUUGAUGAGCUUCAGCGCCGGAUAUUGCGUCAUCAUCACGCUAGUUCUCAGAAGGAAACGGUGGAUGGCAAUACUGACUGGACCCAUUUGUAUGAUUUGGGCGAGCCACGGUCAAGAGAAGUUAGCCCGCCAAGAGUAGCCGCAGAUGGUGAUCAGGAGGUUAAAGCCGAUGGUAAACAUUCGUUUGAUAAACGAGAUGGCCCGAAGCUUCUUCCGUUUGAGUUCAUUGCACUUGAGGCAUGUCUAGAGGCAGCUUGCAGUUCUCUGGAUAAUGAGGCAAGGACAUUGGAGCAAGAAGCACAUCCAGCGCUAGAUAAGUUGACUUCGAAGAUUAGUACUUUAAAUUUGGAACGUGUUCGCCAAAUUAAAAGUCGGUUGGUUGCAAUUACUGGACGUGUUCAAAAGGUUAGGGACGAAUUAGAGCAAUUGCUAGAUGAUGACGGAGAUAUGGCGGAAAUGUAUCUGACCGACAAGCUGGAGCAACAGCUUGAAAACUCUUCAUCUUCUUCUUCUUUUGUGGACGAAGAAGACGCCAUGAACGAAGAGAUUCAUCAAACAGAAACUGAUGACAGAGUUCACGAUGCGAGUUUGAUGGAUGGUAAUGAAAAUACAAAUGCACGUGAAGAAACGGACAACCAUUCGGAACAUCUUUACCGGGUCGGGAGAGAAAGCCGUGGGACCCGCACUAGUACAACACGGAGCAGUAGCGGCAAGCACCUUGACAUUGAGGAACUUGAAAUGCUCUUGGAGGCUUACUUUGUUCAGAUCGACGGUACUCUGAAUAAACUAUCGACGCUGAGGGAGUAUGUAGAUGACACAGAAGAUUACAUCAACAUAAUGCUGGAUGACAAGCAGAAUCACCUCCUGCAAAUGGGUGUUAUGUUAACAACUGCAACUUUGGUGGUGAGUGCAUUUGUGGUGGUCGCUGGAGUGUUUGGAAUGAAUAUAAAUAUCGAGUUGUUUGAAGAUGAAACCGCAGAACAGAAGGAAGUUGGUAAUGGUAAAUUUCUGUGGACUGUGGGUGGUGGUACUACUGGCACUAUCAUCUUAUAUGUUAUUGCCAUCGUUUGGUGCAAGAGUAAACGUCUUUUGGAGUGACUGGCAGACAUCAAUAUAGUUGAGGAACAAUAAUAAUGAAUAUGGUAUAUGGUCCGUUAUAAGAGGAAUUUGUUAUCAGGAUGCUGUUUUUUAAUAUGCUCCGCACUGUUGUGAGUGCGAUAAUGCGUAAUGGUAUUAGACAUGAGGUUUUUGUGUUGCAGAAGCUCAUGAAGGACCAUUUUUUCGGUUAUGGUUC